AUGGACGACAUAUCAGAUGGGCAUCCUUCCUCCGCCGCGGCCAUGUCUGCUGCGGCAGCAGCACAGGCUGCCCACUUCCUUGUCCAGAACCUCUCCUCCGUCGACACAAUAUCUCGCUCCACGUCCCCCGGCGUGCCUAUUCUAACCCCAGACGAGGACGACAAGAAGCGGUACCGCCCUCGAACCUUUGCGUACUUCUCUCAGCUGCCUUUCGCCGUAGAAGAAGACCACGAGCGCGACGAAGCCCUGCAAGGCAUCCUCAAGAAUCUGUACAUUGCUGUCAAGGCGGAAGACUUCGCUCCUGGUGCGAUGCACUGGACUCGGGAGCUCCAAGGCUGGCUGAACCUCAAGUUCGAGAUGGUCCGCGAGCUGCGCGCCACCCUGGCGCAGCUCUACUACCAUCUUGCUCUGGCCCCGGGUCUCGACAGCAACACCGCGGAUCGAUUCACGAAGAUGGUCAUCACUCUGACAAAGAAGAAGACCUACUUGAAACCCGGCGACGAUCUGUACCUCGACUGGCGGCCACUGUGGAAAGAGUUGAAGGGCCUCGUCUUGCCUUCAGAAAGUGCUGCCCAUCAAUCAAGUAGGAGGAAAAGUGGAAGACACUUGUUGAGGCUGGCCAUGCAUGCGCAGACCUACUUCGACCCCAGCGAUCGACAAGAGAUGCUGGGAGAGUUCCUGCCUCUGUUCAGCACAUCCGAUCUGUCCUGCGCGUAUAUUGCGACAGCCGCGAUCAAUGUGCUGGUUCCUACGGCUCCGUCUUUGCCCUCGCAGCCUCUAUCGCAGCCCUCCGACUACCUGCCUACAUACUUCCACCUAUGGUCGCUUAUGACGAGGUCCAAGUCCUUUGACAUCUUCUUCUUAGACAUCUACUCGCGAAUAGCAAGAGACUACCUCAGCUGCACCCAUGUGCCAUAUACGGAGCACGGAAUAUUCACCAAAGACCAGUCUGACCUCAUCUUUACUGCCAUCCUGCGCCUCACUGAGGUUCCCGUUGGCCAGGCCAACUCUCCAUACACCCCUCUUGACUACUCCAUGGGCGCUGCCGUGUUUCUGGAGAGGGACAAGAAAAGGCACCCCGUGCCGCACAUUGUUGCUAGAUGGAUCGUACACUCAUUGUCUCCCAAGUGCCUGAAGGCCGAGAGCUCCGUCAUGACCAGCCUUGAAGGACUGAUAGAGUCCAUUGAUACCUUUUUCCAUCCAUCAAAUCAAGGCUCAUGGACUAACUUCUUGGCGCAAUUCGUCUUCUUCCUCACACACGGCUUCGUCUCUCGAUGGAACCGUGAGCAGGUCGGUGAGCUUGACACACCGGCUGAUCGCAGGAUCAACCCGGAGCUCAAGAAGCGCUUCGUCCUCGCCCUCAAAGAAGUCACAUUCAUGGGACUCUUUGCAAAGAGCAUGAAAGCAGUCAGUUACUAUACCAGCACACUGCAAUGGCUGGCCUACUUGGAACCAGAUAUCAUACUCCCUGGUGCAUUACAGAGAUUCUACCCAAGUCUGCAGGGACUGGUUGAAGUGCACCGUACAACUUCAAGUCUGAGCGGUCUCAUGAUGAUUGCAAAUGUCAUGUCGAAGCACAAAGGCUUCAGAUGCCAUCUCACAGCUCUGUUGGCGUUAGCGCUGCCUGGAAUAGACGCCAAUGAUUUGGGAAAGACACAAUAUACACUCAGCUUCAUCCAGAGUGUCGCAUACAGCAUCCCAUUUGUGCCACUCGUCAAGGAGGACUCGGAAGUGCGAGACACAAGCCUGGCCGUGCAGUGGGUCCAGGGUGAGAUGGACCGUAUGGAGCGUGACGGCCAGGAUGUCCAGAUCAACUACCAGGAAGAGUUGUCAGACGAGGAUGAGGCCAAUAUUGUCCGCUCGUCAACAGCUGCCUUUGGAGAGUUCGUUCUCACAUUACUUGGCAAAGUCUUCACCCUUUUGGAGAACCUUCCCGACGCCUCGCAGGUUCGCGCAAACUCCCCCGAGGACAAUGUCAUCAAUACGCUACCUGCAGCUCUGACUCCACUAUUUGCGUCGUUAUCGCCGGAGCUCUUUGACCAGGCUUUGGAAAAGGUGGCAGCUUUUGUGUCGUCACAUGUUGUUCAUCAGGCCAGAGAUGCCAUGGCUUGGAUCUGCAAUGCCCUCUGCAAGGUCCACCCCGAAAAGACUCUUAAAGCAUUUAUCCCCAUGCUCAUCGUCAACAUUCGUAAUGAGAUCGAUUACAAUGGUGCUGCAUCAGAUCGCAGCAGUGGCACAGAUGUGUUGCCACGGGACCGAGCCCUUGUCUGGCAUGUGAGCAUGCUUAGCAUGACUGUUGUCAAUGUCGGUGCCGAGGUUCUCAAAUACAAAUCAGAACUAUUUGACAUUGCCCAGUACAUGCAAGAAAAGUGUCGCGGUAUACCUACCAUACACAUCUCAAAUUACAUCCACCACUUGCUACUUAACCUGACUCAUACCUACUCUGUCGAUACCAACCUUUACGAACCAGAUGUCAUCAAGAGGGGCCUGGAUGCGGAUGACUGGGGCAAGACCACGUCACCGGCAGACCUUACCAUCAAAUGGCACCGACCCUCGACAGAGGAAAUACAAUUCGCCGUCGAGCUUUUCGAAUCCCAAGCCCACGGUGCGUCUGAGAGGCUGGAAUCCCUGAUGAGUGAUCAAACCCCUAUUAGCCGCAAGGGCAAGAAUAAAGAGUGGGGAGACGAGGUAUCGAGGCAACUGACACAACUGAGGCUCGUUAUCUCUGGAGUAUCCGCAUUGUUUGACCCUAAACGUGCCGCUGGCGAGGCCAAUGGCCAAAGAACAGAGGAUGGCAGGAUAGAGGCUGAUGGCGAUACCAUCAUGGAUGAGGACGAGGAUCCCCUGGCUGAAGUUGCCGACGAUGAAGAACUGAAGCGCCAGUACCGGUAUCCUUCUGGUUACAUCCUUGACGCGAAGAGCCCGCUAUACAGUCGCAUCCAUGACCUACGGGAGGACGUCGGACGGCUUCUUUCCAGAAUCCACGGAUUCCUGAACAGCAGUGCCGAGGAUGAUGUCACCUGCUUCACCGCUCUAUAUGCCACGUUCCGCACGUGGAUCACAGAUGUUGGUAUUGAAAGGUCUGCCCAUCCACUGGAGCGUCUCUCUAGAUUAUACAAAGCCGACAUCACCCCUUUCAAGAUCCCUGGAUUGCGCAAGGUCUACCCGCGACCCCUCCUGGUUAAGCGAGCAGAUGCGUAUCAGCUUCAACGAGUCAAAUACAACGCAUCGUAUCGACAGAAGAGCGACCUCGACAAGCGACUUCUUCUUGAUCUUGCUGAAUCGUGCACAUCCUCGUACGCAGACGUGCGAAGAGUUGCACAGGGCGCGCAAGAUUCCUCGUUGAAGGUGCUUAUCGGCGGGCGCCCCUUGGUGAUUCCGGUCAUCCUUGAAAAGUACCGCAAGGCGCUUCAAGAGAACGACCACGAUCACAUCAAAGGUGCCAUGUACACUUUGCUCUUCACGUCCUUGACAAAGACUCUGUUGAAAGAUUGGCGCUUUGCUCCUGACCUGAUGCGGCUGUACAUCGAGACGGCUAGCGUCGACAAGGCAUCAAUACAGCGGCUGCUAUCCACUGCGCUCUACCCACUGCUUGACUUCGGUAAGCCUUUUGAACGCAUGGUUAUAGUAGACCUCAAAGCUGUGGACACUAUUAAGCCAGCCGAGGAUUGCUCGAAGGUCAUACAAACGAGACAUGAUUUCAUUCUUGAGCGUAGGAAGAGGGUUGAGGCCAAGAAAGGCAAGCUGGGUCUCGAGCUCAUCGAGAAAGCCAAAGGAGCCCACUGGAAAGUUAGCCUCAAGUGCGCCAUCUUCGCCACGAACAUGGUUCUUCGUUUCGAUACUCUCGCGCCCUCACAGUUCAUCGACUUGGUGGUCAAUGGGACAAAUGAUGAUCAUCCGGGCUUGCGAGCCAACUACCAGCUGGCAUUCUCGAACAUCUUCUCGAGCAUCGAUCUGAGAGCCGUCUAUGGUCACGAGUACCGGAACUAUCUCUUGGAAGAGGACUCGGAUAAUGUCAAAUUGGAAAUCGACGUCCCGUCCAAUGACCGGGACUGGACUGAAAGUUUUAUCAGUUCUUUCGCCAAGCUUGACGAUGCCAAGUACUUCGUCGAUGCAGACCAUCCUGGAUGGUUGGUCUGGGGCAAGAAGUUCAAUGCCUCCAAAGCUGAUCCUGAGCCAUUUGUGGCAUACGAUGACACCGAGAAGAAGGUUCGAGAGCAGGUCGGAAAGCUCUUGACAAAAGAUUGGUUCGCGAAGUGCUUCGAAUUCAUGAAACAAGAGCCGCGAGACGCGAGUGCGGACAAGUUCCGCAUGCAGAAUGUUAUUCUCCUGAUGCAUGUCUUCGACCUGAUCAAUUACGGAGUGGCAGCUGCCAAAUUUGAUGAUAUCAUAGAACUGGUCAAGGAUAUCUACGGGGAUGGGAGCGACAAACACCAACAUAGGGCCACAGCAGAGAUCCUUGGUGCGAUGCUGUCUGGCGGCAUCGACGAUCCCAGAGAAUACCGAGACAAAGUCUGGAGCUUCGCCGGGCCAAUGAUGUUGAAGAUCUUCGAGGACUCUUUGACGCCAGAGAAUCUUCAGUACUGGAUGACAUGUCUCCAUUUGACGGUAGACGCCAAGGAUCCUCGUCGUUCUCGAGAGAUUGUUGAGCACUUGAGCUCAUUCAGAUUGGACAUGUCCUCUAAUGCGGCUUUCAAGGAAGCAGCCAAGGUUCAACUCCUCGAGCUCGUCAUCAAUGACGCGGGCUGGCACUUUCAACUGGAAAAGCCGAUUCUGGAAGACUUCUUGGCUCAUAUCGAUCAUCCAUAUAAAUCUGUGCGAGAGUCCAUUGGUCGAGUCAUCGCCACAAUCUAUCGUACACGAUAUCACGAGUCGUUCCCCAAUGUGACAAAGUUGCUCGAGGCCAACAAGGCGGAGUCCUCUAUAGGCAUUCGACCUUACCAGCCAACGGCAGAAUUCUCUGCAACCAUCAAAGAAGUAUUUGCCCGCUUGGAGAAAUGGCGCCACGAGCGCACUCCAGGACAGCAGGAGCCAUCCAGUUACACAAACGGAUCAAAGACAGUGCUGACCUGGCUUGACUCGAUGCUCAGUUCUCAAGAGUGCACCCAGCUUGUCCCAUUCUUCCCAGAUCCAUUCAUCGACCAGCUGCUCCACAUGAUGGACGUCAAGGAGGACCCGGAGCUGAUGCGGCUGGCGUAUCACGUAUAUCGGCACCUGGCCAACAUCUCCUUCCGCGAAGGGGAGGAUGAAGCUUUCAUCAAAGCUCUUAUCCGCAUAGGAAGGUCUGCUUCUUCGUGGCACCAGCGUCUGCGUGCGCUAGUGAACAUGCAAGUCAUAUACUUCCGGCGACUCUUCCUCACAGCACCCAAACACCGAGAGAUGCUGUUCGAAGCUGUUGGGGACAUGCUUUCCGAUACACAACUAGAGGUCCGGGACUGUGCAUCCAACACACUCGCGGGGAUGAUCAGGUGCUCUCCAGCAUCGCUUCGCAACCCGAUUAUCAAGAGCCUGAUUGAUAGAUUCAAGCAACAGCUCAGAGACAAUCCGAUGCCGAAGCGCAAGCUCCCCGGAACGGACACACCGGUAGACACCCAGAAGCAGGUGGUACGGCGGCAUGCGGCCGUGCUUGGCCUGGGAGCGCUUAUUGAAGCGUUCCCCUACGCCACCCCGCCUCCGCCGUGGAUGCCGGAUGUGCUUGCACACCUUGCCCGAAGGCCGGCGACGGAUCCCGGUGUGGUGGGCAAGGCGGCCAAGACCAUUUUAGCAGAGUUCAAGAAGACCAGGCAGGACAGCUGGAUGGUCGAUCAGAAGCACAUUUCAUAUCUUCCGACGGACGAUCUUGGGGAGGCCAUUGGGCCUGGAGAAGAAGAAGGAAUCAGGAGGAGCAAACGCGAUGAGACCCACGCAAUGGCUAGUGCCGUUUCGGGCAGUCAAGUGCGCCGUCAUCGACAGCCUGCCCUGCACGAGCGUGGCAUCCUGCCUCGUAAUAUGAACGAGGAGCUGGGACCCAGCCCCAUCGCGCUGCGCAUCUGCGCACGCGUCACAGCAGGUGGCUGA